AUGGUCAUUCUGCUACCGGUCAAAGCUACUAACAACAAGGACACCGCGAGACAAGGUAGGGUGUUUGCAUUGGUUCCGGGAGAUGUGCAAAAGGCGGCGACAGUGGUGUUAGGUACAUUUAUGGUUCAUGGUCAUUCUGCUUGUGUAUUGUUUGAUUCCGGUUCUACCCAUUCUUUUGUGUCAAAGCUAUUUACUCCUAAUUUAGAUACAUCUGAGGAAGCAUUAUCUUAUAUGCUGUGUGUGUCGUCACCAUUGGGAGAUUCUAUGAUUUGUACUUCUAUACAUGUCGCUUGUGAACUCCACCUUGGGGAUAUUCGGGUAUACGCUAACUUAAUACCUCUCGAUAUGAUGUAUUUUGAUAUUGUACUGGGAAUGGAUUGGUUGAGUGAACAUAGUGCAACUAUAAACUGUUUGACUAAGCAAGUGAGUUUUCACCCUCCGGGUCAAGCAGAAUCUAUAGUUCAGGGACAAGAGGUGACUUCCCCACCGUAUUUCAUUUCUGCGGCAAAGGCUUGCAGAUUAAUUCAGAAAGGGUGUUAG